GUGCGACCUCGGUCUAAUCGUGUAGGUACUGCGAAGAGACAUCUGUAUCUCCGAAAUGAGAUAUGGAGGAUCUCGUUUCGGACAAUUGCUGCGGCUGAGCAGCUUCAGCGCGCAAAGUCGCGCUACUACGCAACCUCGAUGCAUCUACGGACCACGAGACGGCCAUACCAAACCUCUACGAUGGCAGAGGUGGUCCAGUCAGGCUUCAAGGCCAGCAGGAAAUGAGUCUGCUCCAGCACGGCAACCAGCGGAAGUGAUCCCUCCCCCAAGUCCGACUCUGCCUACUCGUAGCUGGUCUACACCACUUGCGAAGACGAUCGCUCAGGCCAUUGAGGUGACCGGACCGAUCCCCAUCGCCUCUUACAUGCGUCAAUGCCUCACCAAUCCUGACGGAGGUUACUAUACCACUACUCGAGAAGAUGCAGAUCAGUUCGGCACCGCUGGCGAUUUUAUCACCUCUCCCGAAAUCUCGCAGAUCUUCGGCGAAUUGGUGGGAAUAUGGUUCAUGACAGAAUGGAUGGCGCAAGGCAGACCGACGCAGGGUGUGCAAUUCAUCGAGAUGGGUCCCGGAAGGGGGACGUUAAUGAGCGACAUAUUGAGGACGAUCGGACAGUUCAGAACAUUCGCCAAAUCUAUACAAGCUGUCUGGCUGGUCGAGGCAGGUGAAGGACUGCGUAUCAAACAGAAGGAUCUGCUCUGCGGGACGGACGCUGAAAUGAAAGAAGUCACGGACCAUACAGGCAAAAACAGGUGGUGGGAAGCUACGAGCAAGCAGGGCAUUCCCGUCCGAUGGGUUGAAGACAUCGUCCUCUUGCCCAGCAAACAAGAAAGCGGCGAGCAAACAACACCAUUCAUAAUUGCUCAUGAGUUCUUCGACGCCCUGCCUAUCCACGCUUUCGAGUCCGUCGCGCCGAAACCAGAAGAGGCUCAGCAACAGGAUGCAAAGUCACAAGUCCUCAAUGAGGCAGGCCAACGGGUACCCAAGCCUUCGCGGGCCAGCAAGCUACCACAGUGGCGAGAGCUGCUCGUUGCUCCAACGAAGCCAAAAUUUAGCAUCGCUACGACAGCCGAGCUUGCAAGACCGUCAGCCAAACAACCCGAUCCAGACUUUCAAUUGACACUCGCCCAAGCAAGCACGCCCAGCUCGCUCGUAAUCCCUGAACGCCCGCGCUACCGCGCCCUCAAGAACCGAGUCUCGUCACGCGUCGAGAUCUCACCAGAAAGCUCUCGCUACGUCCAGGAGUUUGCGCGACGAAUUGGAGGUGCCGCCCAAACGCAAACACCGGCCGGUGCCGCUCUGAUCAUCGACUACGGACCGCUCGAGACCGUCCCCAUUGACUCACUCCGUGCCAUCAGCAAACACAAAGUCAUCUCCCCGUUCGUGUACGCCGGCGAAGCCGACAUCAGCGCGGACGUGGACUUUGUGGCUCUUGCUGAGGCGGCGCUCCAAGCAAGUCCGGGUGUCGAAGUGCACGGCCCGGUCGAGCAAGGAGCCUGGCUCAGUCAAUUGGGCAUACAGGAGCGGGCGGAGCGGCUGCUGAAAGAGCUCGAAAAGAAAGAAGGCAUCGAUUCGGACGAACUGCAAAAGAAAAUGACGGAGUUGGGGACGGGGUGGAAGAGAUUGGUCGAGGGUGGACCGAGGGGCAUGGGUAAGGCGUACAAGGUCAUGACGAUUCUACCUGAAAACGGUGGGAGGAGGAGGCCUGUCGGCUUUGGCGGUGGUGUCAUUGGCUGAGCAGGCCUGUGCUGCUGCGCCGAACGAGGCGAACAUAUCCCAUGUUGUAUUAUCCUCGAAAGAGAUCGCAUCGAGCCCCUACGCUGUAACCUGUGAGUCAAUAUCGUAAAUCAGAUGCCGAGACCUGCUGGCAAAAAACAAAACAGUUCAAGUGA